GGAAGCUUCACGUGUGACGGACAUUCGAGUUUUAGUCAAAAUUUUCCAUGAUUAUGACCAUAGUACGAGUUCUUAGCCUGUUGUGUGGUGUAAGUUGAACAAAUGGCAGCCUACCGGACGUGCUGUCGAUGAGUAAUCUGAAGAGGGAAUGGAGAUAAGACGUAUAGUUUGUUGCUGUCGGGAAGUGAAGAGAAAACGAAAUCCGGUCAUUGGCACAUUGCCAAAGGAAUUCUCACAUUUGACACUCAACAAUAGUCUUUCUCGCACAAUAUGUAUAACGAGAAUGGGCCUGGACUACUCGACUGACUGCACAGAAGAGCCAGCCUACCAUUAGAACAUCAUGAAUAUGGUGUCAGUUAGAGGAAGGAAAAACUAUGAAGUUCUUCAGAAGGAAAUAGAAAGAGACAAACUGUUAGCGGAGGCCUCACAAAAUGGGAACUGUUCUUUACUCAAACAGCUACUAGCAGAAGGUGCUUCACCUGAUGCCGCCGAGUUCAACAGGAGUCUGUUUUACGCAUCCAAAAAUUACAUCACUCCUCUGCAGUUUGCGGCAAGUGCAGGUCACACUGAGUGUGUGGACAUGUUAAUUAAGCAUGGAGCUGAUAUAAACGCACGUGACAGAUUUGAUGUGACAGCAGUGCACAUGGCUGCAGAACAUGGCCGUUUGAAGUGUUUACAGAUGCUACUUGACAGUGGUGCUGAGGUCCAUGUUCCCACCAAAUACUCUAAACAUGGCUCCUACACAGCUGUGCCACAUGUAGGGGGGACAACUCCUCUUCACCUGGCUGCCCUGCAUAACCAUACAAAGUGCGUGAUGGAACUUAUCUGGAAUGGCGCUGACUACAACACGGUUGAUGAACUAGGAAGGACGAGUCUCUACAUUGCUGCACAGAAUGGUUAUGAGGAAACAAUCCACGCACACCUCAACAAUGCUAUAGGACGGGAUAUACUUUCCAUACCUGUCAAAGAUACACGUGAAACUCCUCUUCACGAGUGUGUCAAACAUAACCUGCUGUCCUGUAUUGUAUCGCUGCUCCAACAUGGCUCUGAUGUCAACUAUAGGAACGCUGCUGGCCACAGCCCACUUCACCUAGCAGUCAGACAGUCAGACAAAUUCUCAAUGGAUGUCCUCAGAGAGCUUCUUACCAAGGGCUACAACACCAAUGUCAACCUUCCCGAUUCAAACGGUAUGACGCCUCUGCACUAUGUGAGUUUCAAUGAGAAGCGCCGGCCCAUUGCAGCAGUAUUCUUGAUCAUGUACGGAGCCAGAGUGACCAUUACCAACAAGCAGGGCUUCUCCCUCCUAGAGCAGGAACUGAAGAGUAUCACCCCAGAUAAGGACAUCAUCGGGGCCAUUGCUAAGUCCAUGGUCCACCUACCCAGUUUGGAGUCACUCCGCAUUGUCACCUCGCAUCAUAGCAUUGACCCCUCUCAGUCUGACAUCCUCUCCAGUAAGUUUGAGUGGUACAGGUCCUUGACCAAAGACCCCCGCACCCUUCAGCAUUACUGUCGUUGUGUCAUUCGACAGGCCAUGGGGGCACAGAGACUAAGGCAGGUCAGUGCUCUCCCCUUACCAACACCACUAAAGGACUACUUAUUGCUGAGAUACGAUCAGAUCAAAUGAUCACGUCGGCAGUGAUUUGUGUGAAUUUGUGAACUAGUCAGGAAAAAUCAUGACGUUUUAAUUGUGAUGAUUACAUAAACUGAGAUAUUGAUUGCCAGAGUCUGCUAUUAACUAGACAGCUGAGAGGCAAAUCAUGCUUCCCCCUGGGACCAGAUAACAAUGUGUAAGCAGGGUAUAUUUCCUAACUACUUGCCACUCCAUUCCAAGAUAUAUAUUUAUGAACAGAAACAGAGAAGUGUGGAAUUACAUAAUGCCCCAUGGUACUAAUCACCUUAUCUUUAUAAAAGUCACUGCUCACAUCAAAAUCAUGCCUUCAAAUCAGACCAUUGAAACCUUCACAUGCUCUCCCUCAUGGGCUUGGGUCUGGAGAAGAGGUGUGUACUCUUUAUACUGUCUCACUGAUGUGCUACAAAAGGGUGGGCAGAGGAGAAGGGCAUAGCUAGGUUCUCAUUUGAGCUGUGAAUGGGUUUGUUGUAUAGGUCAGUUAUGUCAGAUUAGAAGAGAAAAGCAACCUAUCCACCGUACAAGUAUGGGGCUGCUCAGUAUGUUCCUUGUACAGUCUUGUUGACAUAAAAACCCAGAUGGGAUUUGACAUAAGAACGUGACAUAAGUGGAGAUGUCGAUUGACCAAUCAUAUCAUGUUUCACAUCACUGCCUUGACCAGUCACAUCAUGUUUCUCAUCACUGCCGUGGUCUGGAUUGUCCAUUCCAACAAGCAGCAUGUAUACAGCCCUGAGCAUACUCCAGUGUCAUGCGACACAUUUGUGUGGGGCAAAAGUUUUACACUUGUAAAUUACCAGGAGAUCUUCAAUACAUCCAUAUAAACUAGAAAAAAAAAGACACACUGGUAUUGUUUUAUAAUGCAGAAUGAUUUUUGGUGCAUAAAAUGUAUAAAUUUAAACAAAACUGCUAUUUAUAAAUGUAUCAUGAAUAAAGUAUUUGUGGCGAACAAAUUGAUCAAUGUAUAUACUAUGUCACUGAAUUGCGGCUUACAGUUAACAGAGUGCGCACAGUCCUUGAAACUCCUUCAAAGUGCUUAAAAAAUACAAUUUCAUUUUCAAGUACUUGAAAGUCCUUAAAAAAGACCAAUACUCCUGGAAACUCCUUGAAAAUCUUAGUUUGUCCCGAACUUAAAUAUUGUCUGCUGACUGCUGAGUCUGUAUAUCAGGAGCUCGCUGAUAAUUCUCCCAUAAACCAGACAUCCUUAGAUAUGGUUAGCUUACAAGUUCCCAGAGAACUGUUCACAGAUCAGACGUACCAAAGAGAUACCGGCAGGUUAGAAACAAAAUUCUCUGUCACCAUAGCGUUCAUGGCAAGAUUCUCAAAGCUGUGACAACUUGAAGAAUUUGGAAAAAAGGUGAUGAGUUAUAAAGUUAAUGUAGAUAUUUGAACACAAAAAAACUUACACUGUGGAUGACUGCAGGAGUGAUUUAGGCUUAAGUCAACAGUUCAGACAAGAGUUCCAAUGUGAAAUUUAAAAAUGUAACUAAACGUAUCCUGUAAAGUACCCAUACUGAAGAAGCAUCUUGUAAAGUACCCAUACUGAGGAGCAUCCUGUAAGGUACCAUUAGUGAAGAAGCAUUCUGUAAAGUACUCAUCCUGUAAGGUACAAUUACUGAAGAAGGAUCCUGUAAGGUACCAUUACUGAAGAAGGAUCCUGUAAGGUACCAUUACUGAAGAAGCAUCCUGUAAGGUACUGGUAAUGAAGAAUAGAAUAGAUGUCCUGAUACGAAGCUGGCUUACAUGAUAUGACGUGAAAUGACAGGAUAUGGAUACCAAGCUCUGGCUGCCUGCAUACAUUAUAGCAGUCUCCAUUUAUGAUUGGUAGUAUGAGCAUAUCUUCAUAAUUAUAGGUUUAUGUGUGGUAUUAUUAAGGAAUUACAACUUCGGUAGAUUGGCACAAAAACAUAUUUCUGAGGUAUUUUUGAAAACACAUACAUAUAUUGCCACUUGGUGCUUUUAUAUGUAAACCCAGUGAAUGUGCUGGCUCAAUAGUACAUGUAUCUAUAUUGCAUCUGUAUGUAACUGUCCCAUUUUGCUAUGAUGUAUAAAGUUCCAUAAUAUUUGCAGUAAACACAUUGUACCAGAUUUCUCAAUUUGAUAUUUUACUGCAAUAGGAUAGUGUUCUGACCUGCUAUAGCUAGAGGGCGAUUCAUACAACCCCAGUAACUCCCAGUUAUCCUGCACAAAGGUGAAUUUGUGGUCUGGGCCAGAGACAGACAGACAUACCAAGGUCCAUUGGGCAUAUGACUCCGGGACUGAUAUUAGUGGGGCGUUUUUCGCAGCUGACUAUCAUUCAUUUGUGCAAAGUCGCCAUUCAGCAUAUAGAGAUGACUGAGCUAUACUAUCUGAUAUAGUUUCUUUGGAUUAUCAAAACAUUUUUUAUCAAAAACAUCAAGACCUUUAUCUUUUGAUGAUAUUGGUUGAGGUGUUUUUUUAUUUUGUUUUUUUUUAAGUGGAUUGUCAUUUUCACUUAAAAAACCACACCUGGUUCAAACAUGUUCUUACGAUGACAUGGCUGAAAGAAGUCAAUCAGUCAUGCAGCUAUAUUUUUGUCAGAUUUUGGUAUUGCACAGGUAUUCUGUUGACAAGGUUCAGUCCUGAUCCAGGUACAUGUAUUACUAAACACUUUACCAACUGCAAUUUGUGGCCGUAUUAGUUGAUCACACCAUAAAGGGCCUACAGGGAAGCUGAAGUAAUGUUUUACUUUGUGCCCCAGAUCACGAAGCGAUCUUAGACGUCAAGACGUGACGUGAAGUCAAAAUUUUAAAUCACUUUAAAAUUAUUUCUUACAUAACAAGGUCAGAAUAUUGCUCGACAACGUGAAUUAUGGGUAAAUUAUUGUAAAACAAAUCAUAUCUAAAGUAAGGGGAAGGAAUGUACCAAGAUUAAAGAUUGAAAUUCUGGAUACACCACAGGCACCAGUAAUUAGGCGACUGACGAAUCUUGAUACGCCACAGGUGAGUAGGCAGGCGGAUAUGUCUGAUGUGGAGUGUACACAAGAGAGUGUAAUGUGUAGCUGAUAAAUAUUGUUAUAAGCAACAUGAAUCCAUUUAACCAGUGAUAACCACAUAAAAACGAAAUGGGCAAGUCACAGUGCUUGAAUUACCUCCCCUGUGAUCCGAUCAUUUACGGCAUCUGCAAGAUUUGAUCAAUUCUUUUACAAAAUUAUUGGAUAAACAUCUUAACCUGAAUUCAUAUUAGAUUUUUGGCAUGUAUAUUUUCAACUUUCCCACCAAAUUUCAGCUAAAAAUAUCAAAACUUUAUGCUUUACUACCACCUGCUUAGGUUUCGAAAUUCUUCUGAAAUAUCAAGUUGUGUAUAAUAAUGAUUGCCUGUUAGACUGUAAAUUACCAUAUUUUGUGUGUAUUGUAUAUCCUUGUGGAGUGGUAUCUGCCUGCAAUACAGACUGUUCUGUGAGUCGACAGCAAGCAUCAUGACCAGAGCGUACUGCCACAGCCAUGAUCGGCAAAUGGGCUUCCCGAUGCCCAUGUCGCAUCAAUUA